GCGAAAGAAGGCGGGCUCUGGGAUGAUGUUUUGUGCGCUGAACGCCCGCAUGAUUUGACGUUGAGGGGCGCGUUACGGCCCAGGAAGGGGAGUGCCCGGCUAGACCCCUCGAGUCAAAUGAGGUGGAGUUGAUGAGUGGAGGUCUUGGAAGAAGAGGAGAACAUACUGUAAGAGGAGAACAUACUGUAUGAUCUUAUACCUUCUUGUGUAGGGCUGGCUGGGUUUUCGAAAGCAUGGAAGAUGAUAUCCAGUCGGUAGCAGUUUGUGUAGGGCUCCACCAAGUAACGGCGUGGCCUGUGUUUGCGAGAACGUAAUAAUCAUUCGCAAGAUUGGCCUCCUCAUGAGCAACGCGGCUUUACAUCAGGUUUUGCUUGAUUGAUUGAGGCAGUGGCGGGUUUGUUCAUUGGAGUUUACAUGCUGUCUUCUUUCGUGCUUUCGAUGGGGAAGAGAGGAUGUGGUUGGGUGAAGAGGUCGAACAAAAACACAAGAGGAAUGAGUCGAGGGUAGAGUUGGGGAUUGAGCGUUGUGACACUUGUUCUUAUCAUGUUGGGCGCUGCCUCAGCGGAUAUUCAGAAGCACAUGACAGGUUAGUGGGGUAUGAUGUGUCUCUUCUUUGAUAGUAGUGGCCACAAUCAAACUACUAUGAAGUAAUUAGACGUUGAACGCUGCUGAAGCAGAGAGGAGGAUUGGAGGGUGGGCGACCGUUUUCUGCUUACUGCGGAGAGAUUUCGCCUGAUCGAUUGCAGGGGGUUUAUCAUUUAGGCGACAAGUUUUGGAUGCUUGGAUCCGCGUGCGCGAUUGGUGGUCUCGUUGAUAGGGUUGGUUGUAGAUCGGUCUGUCUGUCGGUUGAACGAAGCGAUCGUCAGAAGAGUAAGAAGUGUGAUUGAUUGAUUGAUUGAUCGAUUGAUUGAUUGAUAUCGAUUGAUUGAUUGAGUGAGUGAUCGACGGAUUGAUUGGUUUUGGGUUUGCGGAUUCGACCGCGGUUGUUCAUCGAUUGAUCGAUCGAUCAAUCAGUCGUUGAUUGAUUGAUCGAUAACGAUCGUUGGAUGCCCGAGGAGAUCAGUCGAUGGAGCGACCUAGGAAAAGAAUAGCCUUGUCGGGCGGAGGCUUCAGUGCUUGCGAUGGCAUGGGGGGUGGUGGCGUGGCGUCCCAGUCUUCCUCUCAUCUUUGUCUUUUCCCCCCCUCUCCUCCGUCUUCCUCUUCUUCUUCUUCCUCUUCUUCUUCUUCCUCUUCUUCUUCUUCUUCUUCUUCUUUGCCUCCCUCCUCCUCUGUAGUCAGUUGUGGGCGCUCUGUUUGCGGGUUUGAUCGGUUGCCCGAAGCUUUAUCAGCCCAGAUCUUCUCGCAUAUCGGAUGUGCGAAGACGGUCGCUUGCUGCCGGGCUGUGUGUAAGAGGUGGCGCGAGCUGGCCGUGCGACCGGGGGCUUUAUUCUUCGAAGGACCGGUCGCUGGCGGAUUAGAAAACGUGGUUUCUCGGUCUCUGGCCUUGACAGAUGGUCUUGAAACCCUUGAGGUCUUUCCCUCUGGCAGGCCGAUUGGUCAGCGUCGAGAGUAUUAUGAUUCUCGUCGGCCGUAUCUUUUGGUUCGCGCGAUCGAAUCUUGGGUGACCCGAUUAAGUCAUUCGCUGCGCGCCGUCUGCUUGUUCGACCACUCGUCCUCGAGCGAAGUGUUGGGCCGUCAUAUUUCCAUUGAUCUGAUAAAGGUGUUUUCGACGUGCAAGCUGCUUACUCGCUUGGAAGUGAGUAAGGUGCAAGUGGCGGGAGAGAGGAUGAGCGUCGAGUGGAGGGACAUGGUGACAGAGAAGUUGUAUGAUAAGGAAAAGGCGUUGUAUCGCCGUAGUGGGGGCUGUGUUCUCUCCUCCUCCUCCUCCACCACCACCUCCUCCUCAUCAACUCUCUUCGGUUCCUCGUUGAACACGUGGUCUUCUUCUCUCUCGUUGUUUCCCAUGGUCGGUGAUGUCGCAGGAGGGGGUGGAGGUGGCGGCGGAGCUUGUGCGCAGCAGAGAGGAGGAGGAGGAGGAGGAGGAGCAGGAGGAUUUGGCGUUGGGAGGAGAGGUGGUAGUGGGUGGGGGAACUGCGGCGGCGGCGCCGUCAUCGAGCCAGCCUUUCCCAAUCUCACGCGCUUGAAAUUGACAGAGUUGCUGGCUUGUACGGACGAGUACCUUCAGUCGCUUAUUGAUGAAUGCCCAGCGCUCACCUCUCUGGACUUGCACUGGGGUAAUCCCUAUGAGACGGAGGACGAAACUAGACAUGAGCAGUUGGUCAUGAACGUGGUCAUCGACGCGCCGCAUCUCACGGAUCUACGCUUUGCAUUUGCUGCGUAUGAAGAAUUUCAUAAGUGCUGCUUGUCCCUAACGACACCGAAGCUGCGCUCUCUCCACGUCUGUGCGGACAACGAGCAAGCCCUGGAUGUUAAUCUGUGGAAGGGUUGUGAGUCCCUUCAAUCUCUUGAUUUGAGCUGCCAUACCGUGCGGCUGAGGUUUGGACUUCAGCCCUUUCAUUCGUCUUUCCGUCGCCUGUCGUCCUCCACCGCCUCAGCUUCUUCCUCUUCCUCCUCCGCCUCUCCCAACCCCAGCUCCCGCUCGACUUACCUCCACCUUCUUUACCCCCUCUGCUCUGGUUUGACGGAGAUUAAACUCCGCGGAUGGCAGUGGUUUGGCGCCAAGGAUCUAAUCUUUUCGAAUAUCGACACGUUGAGGCAUCUGCAUAUACUUGCGGGAGCGAACGGACCGGGGGAUUUCUUUCCAGAAGAGGUGAGGCCAGCAGAGAUCAGUCUAGACGACUUGGUACAAAGGAGCGCGCUAUUGCGAUCGCUGUGCAUAGACUUGCCCGGACUGCGGUCUGUGCAGGAGAAGAUGGAUGGAGGGACGGCCGUUUGGGAGGAGUUGGGAGCGCUGUGCUUGCAGGUAGAGGAGGCUGAUCAAAGGACGAGCGCGGAGAUAGACAAGGUGGUGAGACGAUGUCCAAGGGUCAAGAGGGUGAAGGUUGUGACGGCAAGUGAUGGAGGGUUAUCGUACAUGAAGAGGCAAUACGAUCUGGAAGAUGGAACGUACAAGAGGUUCCUGAGCACGGAGGAAGAGAGAGAGGGAGGCAGGCGGAGUGGCAGUGAAGCUGGAGUAAGGGAAGGAGUAGAAGUACGUGGACAGGACAGGAAGCAGGAGCAGAGCACGACACAGCAUAUGAUGUGCCAGUUGCGUCGUCAGUUCAGCAAUGCGCCUGUCCAAGUAGAGAUCAUCUGAAUUCUUGCCUGAGCGCUGCCAGGUUCAGUGCAACGCAUACCGUGCUCUGGGGAACGAGGGCCAUGCACCGACAGGGUGAGAAUGGAAAGAGAGAGAGAGAGAGAGAGAGAGAGAGAGAGGAGUAUGGAAGAGAAGGAACGGGAAUAAUGGAAAGGAGGAGAAAGAGGCAGGUGGCAUGGGGUUGACAUCUACGUUGAACAGCUGCUUUUGCUGUCGGCAGCAAGCAUACUUCAGUCGGAGGGAAGUAGCAGGGAGCUAUUUAGGGGGAGGUCAACAAAAGAGAGAGAGAGAGAGAGAGAGAGAGAGGGAAGGGGGGUUCGGUGCGAGUGAAUGGGCGGCUUAGUUUAUACCACUUAACAACCAACUCAAGGACAAAACUUCUAGUGUGUAGUGCGUUUGUGUGCGGCUUGUGUGUUCCCGCGAGGAGGAGGAUGUUAUGGGUAGUAGUGGCGAACGCGGACAGCAGCAAAUGAUUAGAAAGGGGAAAAUGGUGUUGAUUGGACUUCGACCGACGCUCUGAAAUAAGUGGGACGUUGCGUGCCCAGACACGACGACGCGCUCAGACGGGCUGCCAUGUGACGGCUUCGACAAAUAAGAAGCUGUGAAGACAAGCGUUGAGGAAGACGUUUUUUCGCCCUCAGUCGGCCCUAACAUUGUGCGUGUGUGUAUCACACAAACACACAGAGAGAGAGAGAGAGAGAGAGAGAGAGAGAGAGAGAGAGAGAGAGAGAGAGAGAGAGAGAGAGGAGAGGAAGCAAACCGGAGCACGCGCAUGAGCGACUCGUGUGUGUGUCACACACACACACACAAACACACACNACACACACACACACACACACACAGAGAGAGAGAGAGAGAGAGAGAGAGAGAGAGAGAGAGAGAGAGAGAGAGAGAGAGAGAGAGAGAGGCGUGGUCGUGAUGUUGACAGUGGAUGGCUUCGACAUCUGAGAAGCUCUUUGGAAGAGGGGUGGGGAAGCAAUGGCCUCAGUCAGCCUACAGUUCUUUCGCUCGCACGCACGCAUGUCAAGUGUGUGCCUGUGAGACAGAGAGAUGAAGAGGGAGGCGCUUGAGUGUGAUGAUGACAUUUGACGGCUUCGGCUAAUGAGAAGCUGUCCGUCAUGCGUUAUGAGCAAGAUAAUCGCUCUUAUUCGUUCCAAAGGAAGUCCCUUCCGUGGGAGAAGAAACCGUUGCGGUGGGUCUCUGUGUAUGUGUGUGUGUGUGUGGGAGAGAGAGAAAAGAGAGGUGGAGGCGGGGGGUGUGGAGAAUUUCGAGCCCGCACACCAGUCUUGGAAGGAGGGAGAGUUUGGGGAGCGGCUUAUCCCUUUACUGUUCUUUCGUCCUCCAAGGCGCCGUAGUCAAAGGUAGAGUGUUUAGACUGAAGAACGGGCGACUUGAAAAUGGACAAAUGGGAACCAGGAAAGCGGCAUGCAGAUGCGCGUGUGUCUGGGAGUGAGAGAAGAAGGCGAGCGGGGGAGAGAGAAGAGAGAGAGAGAGAGAGAGAGACGCACGAGGAUGGCGGGGAGGAUGAGAACCGGGAGGCGUCGUCGAGGGCGUGUUAGAGGGAGAGAGAGAGUGUGAACACGAAGCGGUAAAGGCGUACGUGUGCGGCCCAUCAGAAAUGCACUACAGCGUUGCCCUACGCGAAGAUGAAAGGGGAGAAAAUGAAAGAGAGAGCUGCAAGUAGAGAGAAGUGUACCAGGAGACGGGAUGCGAUACGUGGCUUGCGCAUAAGUGUGUUUGUGUGUGUGUGUGUGUGUGUGUGUGUGUGUGUGUGUGAGAGAGAGAGAGAGAGAGAGAGAGAGAGAGAGAGAGAGAGAGAUUGACGAGCGCGGCCGGCCGUGCUGCAUUGUGGAGCAAGCAGUAGCGCGAUCCCGUAAUGAGCUGCGGAGCAUCGUUCUGUUCUACUAGUCAUCGUCGCUUCGCUUCGCUUUCGGCUCAUUCCGGGCUUCAUCGCCGUUCGUAUGAAUAUCGCUGUAGAGGGAGGAUGGGAUGAAACAGGAUGCCGUGGAGGAAGCACGCACGGUUCUUGUCGAUGCAAGGAAAUGAGCGCAGUCGUUAGGCGCACAGAGCUUUACAGAGUCCUUAACGGAGGAGGUCUUUCGCCUCCCUCUCUCUCUCUCCGUUAAUGGUGGUUCUCCCACGCCUACGGACGCUACGUGUACCCCCUCCCGGUACCGUUCCCUGUCCUGGUCCCUUCACGGCCUUUGUGCGCGCUGUUCUUGCUUCCUUUUCAGGUAGGGAUGACAUUGUGCGCGCUGUCCUUCCUUUCCUUUUCAGGUAGGAAUGACAUUGUGCGCGCCGUGUCUCCUCUCUCGGCUUUGCUCGCGGUGCGUCAGCGUCACGUCGCGCUCUCUCUACCUCUCUGCACAUUACUUCUUCGUUCGUGAUGUUCUUCCUUCCUGUUAGAUAAUCCACCAGCGAGUUAAGGUCGAUCAGUGAGGGUAAAGGAAGGACGGAAGGUGGUGGAACGGGGGAUAACAAGGAAAUAACACCUGAUAUGUGUGAAUCCGCGCACGUGGGCUCGCUACCUAGUGCGUAUUGCAUGCAUGCAUGCAUGCAUGCAUGCAUGCAUAUUACUUAUUGCUCUCGUCAUCAUUAAAGUAUCGGAUCCAUUACAGCAUCUUGCUACGAUACAAGGAAGGUGGGAGACGAAGGCCAUGCUUGGGUUGUGUGUGCUUGUGUCUUCUUGUCGAGCCAGAGUAAGCAGGUCGAUUCCUCUGCGAGCUGCCCUCUUGAGAGCCCUUUCCUUAAUUUCUGCUCCUCUCGUCCGUUUCGGGCAAAUGAGCGCACAACUGGCACAGUAUAGGGCAGAUUCCGUUCAGAAAGACGCGCAGUGUGCGCAUGUUCCUACAUGUGGUAAUGGCAUUCGGAGAGGUGCCGCCUACCACGGAGCCGUCCUCGCGUCGCGAUGGACUCAUCGACGACGGCUUGUCCUUCGGUUGUUUGUCCCCUCCCCUCUCCUCCCCUGUCCACGUGUCUUCAGUCCCUCGACCAAUCAAUCACCCGAUCAAUCCCUUCGUUUUACCAAUCAAUCUCCCAGUUACGGUGCCAGUCAACAAGCGCAUGAACCUCUCGAGCAAGCAAACUCGUCCUUCCGUGUUUUCGAUGGACGUGCACGUGUCCUCUGCUCUGCGUCCCUCCUAUUCGUACACCCUUCCCCCCCUCCCCCUCCACCUUAUCUGGACUUCAAGGAAGUGCAUGCAGAGAACUGGAAGCACGUAGAGAGGCAGUAGCGCGGGCUUUGAUGACGGGAUCAAAGAAGCGGCUCGUCGUGUCGCUGGAAAGGCAACGGCGACGGGGGUGGAGGGGGAGGGGGGGAAGGGGGGGGCCGGAGGGAACGUGGAGGUUAGCAAGGCGAUGCAAACAGUAUCCGUUGAAAGAGAGAGCACUUGGGACCCUGUUUGUCCGACUACUGAGAGUAGAGCUGCUUGAUUCGUCCCUCCAGUAGACCGUGUGCGGGUACGUGUGCCUGUUUCUAUGCCCCAUCUGGCGCGCUAGUCGGCGAAGUGAACGCGUGCCCCAGCUAGUGAAAUGUGUGUGUGUGUGUGUGUGUGUGUGUGUGUGGAAAAGAGGCGGGGAGAGGGAUGGGGGAAAAAUAUUGCCGAAGAGGAGUGACUUGGGCACGUGAGAGCGAGCGAGCGAGAGAGAGAGAGAGAGAGAGAGAGAGAGAGAGAGAGAGAGAGAGAGAGAGUGGGUUUUUCUCCCUGACGACGAAUGCACGUGUGUGUUGAGGCGGUCGUUGAAGGUGGAUUGAAGAGAGCAAAGCAUGGAUGUGCCAUGACCGUUUUCUCUUCUUCAAGUCUGUAUCGAUGAGACAUGAAGGGCUCGGUGAUCUGGUGGGAAUGGCGAUGCGCCAGGUGGCGCAGGUUGGUUGUCUAUUUACUUGGGCAAUUGUUUGUUCGUCUAUUUUGGGUUCGGAGACUGUGCGAGCGAGAGAAUUAUACAUAUGCUCAUAUAUGCAUCGCGGAACUUGAGAUGCACGAAGCGAGGGAGAGGGAGUGAGACAGAAUGAGAGAGAGGGUGUGAAAGAGGGGACACAUGUGAAAGAGAGAAAUCUGGAAGACGUGUGCGCAUGUCAACGUGGUGGCGAAACCAAGAGAGGGAAAGAGAGAGAGAGAGAGAGGUAAUACAUUUGUGAUUAUGUUGCCGGUGUUCUUUGUUCUCUUUAAACUUUGUUUUUGACCUAAGGCAGUCAAUCAAUUUGAGUUUCAAGA